AUGGUUACAGGUGGAGCAGGACCCCUGUCCUGCGUGGAUCCUCUGAAACGUCCCGCCAACGCCAACACCCUCUGGACCCACGGAGCGCUGAACACAGAUUUAUCGUCCGCAGGGCCUAUUGGAACCAAGACCAAGAGAGAAGCGGGAGCUAGCGUCCAGGAGAGGGCAGCAGAGCAGGCCUCGAGCAGACAGCUGGUGAGGAACAGGAGGAACAUCAGCUGGUACAAGCAGCACGCCGACUUCUGGAGCUGGUACAAGUACUUCACCGACAACGGGAACCAGGAGGCGGUGCAAGAGCUGGACCGGAUCUACCUGGCCUACCUGCAGAACAAGAACCGCGCCGAGGGCCGGCGGUCCUACAAGGCCUACCUCAGCCACCUGGGGGACAUCUACAAGUCCUGCGCCGAUUCCGAGGACCCCAAGUGCGUGGCGACCCACACCACGCGGCCCACCCCCGAGCCCCCCAAGCCGGCCCCCGUCAAGACCUGCGACCCCACCAAGGACGCCCACUGCCUGUACGCCGCGCUGAUGCAGGGCAAGAGCCCCUACCUGCCCCUGGUGCUGCCCGCCGCCAAGGCCGCCGCCGCCCCCGCCCCCGCCCCGGUCUACGCCCGCGGCCCCGCGCCCGCCAAGAACCCCCGGUCCGGGUACUACUACUACUCCCCGUCCGUGCAGCCCUUCCUGACUAAGGAGCAGAAGGCGGAGCUUCUGCGCAUCUGCUCCCCGGAGGACGUGGAGUGCCUGCAGUACCACCUGAAGGCCGCCUUCGGGUACAAGCCCGCCGCCGGACCCCUGCCCUCCUACGCCCAUCUGGGCUGCGACCCCAAGAAAGACCCCGGCUGCCAGCCCCAGCUGGUGCAGAAGGCGCCCUCCGGGGUCUACCUGAAGUACCCCAACUGCGACCCCCUCCGGGACCCCCGAUGCGCCUACGAAGCCGCCCUCUCGGCGCCCCGUGCCCCCAACCCCCCUGCCCGCGCCGGCCCUGGGUCCUGCAACCCCCUGACGGAGGAGGGCUGCAACCCCCUCACCGCCACCAAGUUCGCCAGCCCGCCGGAGAAGUACGGGGCUGAGCAGCAGGAGGACGCCGCCGCCGCCGCCGCCAUCCGCGCCGCCCCGGCGGAGCAGCGCAGCGACCCCUACGCCGUGUUCAGGGACGCCUUCGCCCACGCGCACGCCAACAGAGCCCCCGACCCGUACGCCGCGUACCGUCAGGCUAGCGGCCAGGCCGCCGCGGCGCAGGCUAACGACCCCUACGCCAUGUACCGCCGGGCGCCCCCUCAGGCUAACGACCCUUAUGCUAUGUACCGUCAGGCUAGCGCCCAAGACAACGACCCGUACGCCAUGUACCGCGGCCAGGCCCCGACCCAGGCCCCGGCUAACGACCCCUACGCCAUGUACCGCCAAGCUAGCGCUGCCUCACAAGAGAACGACCCCUAUGCCAUGUACCGCCAGGCUUCCGCGCAAGACAACGACCCGUACGCGAUGUACCGCGGCCAGGCCCCCACCGAGCCCCCGGCUAACGACCCCUACGCCAUGCUGCGCAAGCUCAUGUCUCGAGCCCAGUCCAACGACCCCCACGCCCCGCGCACGGGCGCCGCCGCCGCCCCGGAGGCCGACGCUAACGACCCCUUCGCCGCUCUCCGCGAGGCGUCUCGCCGCGCCCAGGGCCCGUACGGCGCCCGGCAGAGCGCCCCCGCCCAGCCGGAGCAGCAGCAGCACCCCCUGGGGCCCCCCGGGAAGACCAGGGAGGGCUACGACUGCUACAUCGGCUACGACCGCGAGUGCUACGCGGUGAAGGCCGCCGAGCCGCGCGCCGGCCCUGGGGCCCGCCCCCACCCGGCCGAGCCCUACGAGCCCCACCUCAACGCCGACGGCUCCCGUAACGGCGUCAUGGAGCCCAGCAACCCCGACUGCGACCCGGAGUACGACCGGGACUGCCGUCUGCGCCGCCACGAGCCGCAGCCGGAGGCGGAGCCUGAGGCCCAGCCGGAGGCGACGCAGCACGCGGAGGAGGAGGAGGAGAGCUACCGCCAGGGGGCGACAGAGAGCGAGCUGGAGCCCUACCAGAGCGGGCAGGAGGAGCCCUACAUGCCCUACCCCCAGCAGCAGGCCCCCCAGGGCAUGCCCAACUUCCAGGACAUGUUGAGGGGCUACGGCGACCAGUUUGCCGACCGCGGAGACCACCGGGCAUACGCAGACGACUACCGCCAGAAAUAAACAAACACGAUAGUUUUAAAGGAUUGGACACAAAAGCACAUGCAGUCCCGUACGUACUGUAGCUUAGCAUGUGCCUGACGAAAGCCUCAUGGAUUGGAUGCGUCUAUCGCCGUCCAGUCUGACCGGAUUUGGGACACAGCGGAAGAGUGGGUAGACUAGGGAGUCUGAGCGAAACACACACUGCUACGUCGUACUCGAUACAUCGUAGGCAACAAGCAAACGUGUACAGAUGCAAGCAUUCGGUGCUAAACCGAAAUGAACACUCAAGAACAUACAAACAUGAAUGUGUACACAUCACUCAACGCAACUCACUCAAAUGCACCUGACAGGCCUGCAUACAUGUACAUACGCCUGUCGUCUGAAGACUCUUCAAACUCAUUCUUCUUCCUCUGCUGGAAUAUAUAGUAAGCCCGCAAUCACCCUCAGCUUCACUUUUACUGUUUGUAGUUAUAGAUCGA